AACCAUGCUUAUCCUAUCCGAGCUCUUAAAAAAAAAUCGAUACAAAUAAACCGGUUUUACAUUGCAUUCACAGACGUGAAUAAUAACUCUUGGUAAUUAAGUAAGCCGCAUAAAGAUGCUUCUUGCCAAAAGGAUAAAUGAAUGAACAUACGAGCUUAACUUCUCCAGCAGGGGAACAACUACUACAUCUGUGAUAUUCCUCAGCACUGUGAUCAAGGUGGAAUGAAGAUCGCUGUUACUGCUGCUUAAACUUCUACUAUGCUUUCCUUUUGGCAAAACCUGGCUAGAAACUAGUCACAAGAUUUCAUUGAGGGUACUUGGAUUGGAUCACAAGUUUUGAAGCUAAUAAAAUAUCGAAUGAACUUCUGCAAACGCGAAAAGAAGACAAGAGAAACAAUGUAAUGCAGAAAGAACAUGUAUUCUCGAAAUCACUUGUAAACGAAAUACAUUUUUGUUUCGUAUUUGUCGAAAUGACCACUGAAAUGCAGAAAAGAGGGCAUCUGCACCAUGCUGGUAUCUUCCAAUCUAUGCCCUCUUGCAUUUUACGAAACCAGGGCGCAUCAUAUCAUUCGACGACUGAAAAUGCUAGAGCACAUAUCACUUGAUCAGAUAACAUCAGCGAGAACAGAGCAACACCAUUCAAGGAUGAGUUGAAUCUUAAGACCUCUAUGAAGAAAAUUUACAAAUAGUGGUUGGCGUGUUUGCCAGGUUUACAUUCUUUAACUCAGGGGAUUACAACAGAUGAGGUGAGAAAAGGAGGGAAAGGAAGUGUGACCAAGCCAGGGUCCUUUGUUUAGUCGCCUUGCAAUUCAAUAAUGUUAAAUGCAACUCGCGAGGCACUUGUAAACAUAAUUAACAGCUACCACAACAAAAUGGAUCAUUUGUUUGUCAUGAUCCAAUUUUUUCCCAUCCACCAGAGAGCCAGCAUUACUGAAUGACCAGAUUCCAUAUAUCUAUCUUUAUAUUCUGCAGGCCAAUAUACAAGACUAAUCUCUUGAAUUUAGAAAUCUGAAGCAGAGGAUGUAUAUAAACCGCGCAAAUGAAGAUCUAUCUCGCCACAUUGCCCACCACCCAGCAGCUCCCAUAUUGUUCACAUCCACUAACUGCAGAUGAAGUUGUCUGCAGAAUUUGGCUGGAUGAUAGCUCUGAUCAUCGUUCUCGGAACACAUACAGUUGCCUCUCCCUCCCGCAAUCCUUUCUUCCGGGAGAUUCGUAAUCUAGAACUAUCACCACAGAUCCUUACUGUGACAGGAUGCAACAAUCACUGUGAUACGGCUUGCUGCAACUGCAACAUCGAGAAACAACCACCAGUAUGCGAGCAGUGCUGCCUAUAAGAUCAUUGUUCUGCUCCUACUGCUCCUAUUUUCCAUCAAUGGAUAGUACUGCAGUUGCUCGUUGGAUCAAAAGAUUAUACAUCAUAGGGUUCCACGUCCCUCCAUGAAACCGCAAGUAUUGAAGGAAGAGAAUAGAAGAAUAACACAACAACUUUUACAGCAGAAACAAAGACAAGAGUAAGAU